GCGACUGGCCAGUGAUACGAGUUCAGAGCAAAACCAGGAGCAACUUAAAUUCUCUACUAUAGAAGUACUUACAUAAUUCAUAAUAUUUUCUGCACCGCACUGUGACUAUGAUUAAUACACAUUUUUUCAGUGUUAGUUUUUUGUGCCUUCCACUGCUGGCACAAGAUGUUUCCGGAAAAGUGAUUGGAGCUUUCGUGGUCCCCCAUGGUGGUCUGGCUUUGGAUCCUUUCUAUGCCAACAUCACCAAUGCCACUGCCAAAGAUCUUGCCGACCAGAUUCACCAGUCGCUGAUUCGGGUUAGCAGAGAAAUUGGAGCUCUUUCGCCUGACAUAAUUUUCCUCAGCACUCCACAUGGAAUAUCCGACUUGGAGAAUUUCGUGUUUUAUCUCAACAAGAAAGCUCGAGGUCUGGCUUUGGCAGAGGAUUGUACGAACAUUACGCAGUGCGCCUAUCGCUUGAACGUGACUGUUGCAGUAAAGGAAAGUCUGCAGCUGGUCAGUCAUUUGAAACGUUCCCACAAUGUUUCUGGGAUCAGUGGCUUCGGUCCACCUGGUGAGACUCCACAAGCGGAACCAUUACCACUCGGAUGGGGCGAAGUUAUCCCAUUGUACUUUGUGCCUAACAUCUCCAGUACGAAAUUGAUGAUUUUCUCUCAUCCGAGCCGCCGGUACAACAGUACGAAAUCCAUGAUGGCCGAACUGCUGCAUCUUGGACGCUCUCUGUAUCUGCGUCUGCAGCAUUCCCCGGAGCGAGUGGCCAUUGUCAUUUCAUCGGAUCUAGCACACACGCACAGUAAGGAUGGGCCGUAUGGAUAUUCGGAUGCGGCGCAGCCAUUUGAUGAUGCCAUCGGUCGUUAUCUGACUUCUCUUGACCCCAAAGAAUUACUGGAGACAGCGGGAGAUUUGGUUGAAAAGGCGCUCUCUUGCGGAUUUACAGGCUUGGUGAUGCUUCAUGCUAUGCUUUCUGAAGCUGGUUUAAAGAACUGGAGUUCAAAGCUGUGGAUAAAUGGACAUCCCACAUAUUAUGGAAUGGCCACAGCAACAAUAGUCCGAAUGGGUACAGAGGCGAUGGGAUAGCCAAACCAGUCAGCGAUCAGAUCGAGGCAGGUUUUUUUUUAAAGUCAUAUUAUGGAAUCCUGGAUUUCUUGUAUUUUCAGUAUUAGCUUUGAAUUGGCUCAUUGUUUUCCAAAUUACAUUGUACGUACCGGGUUAAUAUCUAUAUAGAAUAUUUAAAAUUUGCAUGUUUAGUUGUUUGUAAGAGUAAUAGUGAAUUUUAUGGACUGUUUUACCGCAGUAUGAUGUGGAAUGGUAAUAUAUAAUCAGUACUAUACUUAUCUGUCCACCACAAACCCGAAAGGAUAAAAGAGUGUUGGAAUUAAGUACUUUUUCCGGUUCCUUUUUUGGUGUACGUUGAAUUACUUACUGUAAGUGAAGUACUUAAUUAAGUACUGUACGUUGAAUUACUUACUUACUGUACUUCGUCCAUGCUGACGGACAGACGCUGUACACUCAGAAUUUCAUGUAUA